AUGAUCUGAAAGGGAUAAUCAAAAAUCAGUUUAAAAUAUCAGGAAAUGUUACUAUUCGCAAUAAGAGUAAUAAUUUGAAAGACAUUAGACCUAUCAUAGAAUUAUACAAUGUGGAAGAUAAUCCAUAUGAGAUUAUAGUCACAGAAAAUGAUAACAAAAGCUCUUCAAGUAAUAAGAAAGAAGAAACAUCAUUUGCUAAAAAUGCUGGUAAAGAAUAUAAUUAUGAAAGGGUGGUUUAUCUAGGAGUUUCACUUUGGGGUUCGCUUACUCAAGCUGGAUUGGAAAAAUUGCUUAGACAUACUGUUAGAAUGUUUAGUCGUGGGGUUGUAGAAGCGGGAGAAAGAGGAGAACUUAUUAACCACAACCUAUUUUUGAAAGCAUAUGCAAAUACUAUGAAGGAAUGUUUUCCUAUUUUACUAUUAACAUGUUUGCAAAAAGUUCCUUUAAAAUCAUUUUUGAAGUCCUUAUUUUGUAAAAAAGUAAAUAGUUUUGAUAAGUUACUUGAAAGCAUGGGUAUUGAUGAGGUGGAAAUUGGCUUUAACUAUUGGAUAUUUUUAUUAGCUACCAAUCAAGUUUAUGUGGAAUCCAGAAGGAUAAAGUUUCUAUCAGAGAAUCUUAUCAUAGAAGCUUAUUACUGCCACACUUUCAAAAUGCCACUAGGUUUUUAUGUUAUCGAUUAUAUCAUUCCUUUCAGGUAUAAUGCUGGCUAUAAAGGUCAGCGAGAAAGGAUCUAA